AGAACUGAAAUCGAAUUGAACGGACGUAAAAGCUUGGCUCGAGGCAUACGAAGGUGAAGGCGGCGCAACGACUUUUCGAUUCUGAAAGUGCAUCGAAGGUCGAUUCUCAUCGAUUGGGCGAAACGCAUUACAUAUUCACAUACAUUUGCAUAUUGCAUUUCGGAACAGAAAACUGAGUAUAUUUUGUGAAUAUGAAUAAGCUAAUCACAGCCUUCUGCAUUUUUGCUGUGCUCAGCUGCAGCCUGGCCGAAGAAACUCCGCGUGAAAAGCGGCAAGCUGAAAAGCUGCACAUUACUCUGCUGUAUGAGUCGCUGUGCCCGGACAGCAGGAAAUUCAUGCAUCAGCUGGCUCCCGUGCACGAGGAGCUGAAAGACUACAUUGACAUUGAGCUGGUGCCAUUCGGCAAGUCUUCGUCUGAGAAAAACGGCGCAAUCUUCCACUGCCAACACGGACCGGCGGAGUGCGAGGGGAAUCGUCUGCAGAGCUGCGUCAUCAGCAGCAGCAACGACCAGGCGGCGCAGGUGAAAUUCGUCGUUUGCCAAAUGUUUGCCGCGAAUUAUGCAAAUGCCGAUAAGUGUGCCAGCCAGGCCAACAUCCGCACGGACGUGGAGUAUUGCAUGAAGACCCCGACGGGCACCAAGCUCCAGCUCGAUGCGGAGCUCAUCACGAAUCAGUAUCGGCCCAGCUUUGUGCCCACCAUUGUCUACAAUCGGGUAUUCAAUCAGCAGCUGCAGGACCAGUCGCUGCGCAACUUCCGGGCCACCGUCUGCUAUCUGCUCCGCCAGCAGAUCCCGCUGCCAGCCACUGUCUGCCAAUAAAACUCCAACUUCUUGUGUAUUGAACUGUAAUGGCCAGCAAGGCCUCACCAAUAAAUGUUGUAAUAAACCA